GGGCUAUGUGGGACAUCGACCUGGAAAGCUCAGUGGUCAGAGCACCUGAGGAGUAAUGCAGGGGUCCCGGGUUCGAUUCUCGGACGCGUCCAGCCAUUUCUCAUUACACUGAUGAUACUUUCAUUGUGCAAUCCUUGAAUCGGACAAAUUAGAAUUACAUUUGCUAUUGAUUUUCCGUGUCACUUUGAGACUACAGGAGCAAAGGCAAGCCAUGGAGAAACAGAAAUUAUGGGGAGGACGGUUUACAGGUGCUACGGAUCCUGUCAUGGAGAAGUUCAAUGCCUCUAUUCAAUGCGACAAGAGAAUGUGGAGGGAGGACCUACAGGGAAGCAAGGCUUAUGUUAAAGCUAUUCACAAAGUGGGUUUGGUGACAGAGGAAGAAUGCCAAUCAAUUAUAACAGGACUAGAUAAGGUUGGUGAAGAAUGGGAGUGUGGUGUGUUUGAUAUUAAGGACUCUGAUGAAGACAUCCAUACUGCCAAUGAAAGAAGACUCAAGGAGUUGAUUGGUGGUGCAGCUAGCAAACUACACACAGGUCGCAGUCGUAACGACCAGGUCAGCACAGACAUGAGGCUAUGGAUGAAAAAUGCCCUCCCUGUACUAGGAUCUGAACUUAGGAAAUUCUUGAGUGUUUUCAUCAACAGGGCCAAACAGGAAAUAGACGUUUUAAUGCCAGGUUACACCCACCUUCAGAGAGCUCAACCAAUCAGAUGGAGCCACUGGCUGCUCAGUUAUGGAUGGAUGCUGAAACGUGAUCUUGAACGUCUGCAGGGUUUACAGAGUCGAGUCAGCUCACUGACUCUUGGAAGUGGUGCGUUGGCAGGAAAUCCCUUCCCUAUAGACAGAAAAACGCUAGCUUCAGACCUUGGAUUCAUGGAUGUUUCUGGAAACAGCUUGGAUGCUGUGAGUGAUCGAGACUUUGUAGCGGAGUUUUUGUUUUGGGCCUCUUUGGUGGGGACACACCUGAGUCGAUGGGCCGAGGACCUCAUCUUAUACAGCUCUAAGGAGUUUGGCUUUGUGACUCUGGCUGAUGCCUAUAGUACAGGCAGUAGUCUUAUGCCUCAAAAGAAGAAUGCAGACAGUUUGGAGCUGAUCAGGGGCAAAUCUGGCAGGAUGUUUGGUCAGUGUUCUGGGUUUCUCAUGACAUUGAAGGGGAUACCCAGUACUUAUAACAAAGAUUUACAGGAAGACAAGGAGUCCAUGUUUGAUGUAUAUGACACUUUACUGGGUGUUGUCAAGGUGGCCACAGGUGUUCUCUCUACCUUAAAGAUAGAUGCAGAGAGAAUGAGGCAGGCCUUGAGCCCAGAAAUGCUGGCCACAGAUAUAGCAUAUUACUUAGUGAGGAAAGGGACCCCGUUCCGCGAGGCUCAUGGUUUAUCAGGCAUGUGUGUAGCCCUGGCAGAGAAGAACCAGUGCUCUCUAUCAGAUCUGACACUGAAAGACUUCAAAUCUGUCAGUGACCAGUUCACGGAGGACAUCUUGUGUAUCUGGGACUACGAGAAAUCUGUCGAUCAAUACAACGUGUACGGAGGAACAGGGAAAGGAAGUGUGAUGUCACAAAUAGAGAACUUACAAACCUGGCUAAACCAAUAAAGACAAAGCGUGACGUCACAAAUAGAGAACUUACAAACCUGGCUAAACCAAUAAAGACAAAGUGUGACGUCACAAAUAGAAAACUUACAAACCAGGAUAAAUCAUGAUCAAUAAUAUUUUUAAAAGUGUGACGUCACAAACAGAGAACUUACAAAGCCGGCUAAAUCGAUCAAAGCAUGUGUGGCAUCACAAAUGGAUAACUUACAAACCUGGAUAAAUCAAUAAAAAAAAUACGUGUGACGUCAAAAAAUACAGACCUUACAAACCUGGCUAAAUCAAUAAAAACGUGUGGCAUCACAAAUACAGAAUUUACAAACCUGGCUAGAUCAAUAAAGACAAACUGUGGCAUCACAAAUACAGAAUUUACAAACCUGGCUAAUAAAAUAAAGAGAAAUUGUUGCAUUACAGUCAGAGGACUAUAGACCUGGCUAAUAAAAUAAAAAGAAAUUGUUGCAUUACAAUCAGAGGACUAUAGACCUGGCUAAUAAAAUAAAGAGUCAGAUAAGGGUCAUGUCAAAAGGUAUUUUAUUGAUCAUGAAGAGGGACAUAUUAAUUAAACUUUGAGUCAUGGCCAUAUCAAAUCUUGUAAAUAAAAAAGAAAAAGAUC